AGAUAAUAGAGAUCUUUGUAAACCUGCUGAUAGUCAUCUGCUCGGGAGUGUCCUACAGUAACUCCGGGUGUUACCGGGGUCUCUACCAGUACUAUUAUGGAGGAGGACAGGGUCAAGGAGCUGCUCAAGCUGCCUCCAUACAUCUUCAGCAUGGCCUGUGGAGGGGCUCUGAUGGUUUAUGCCUGCAUGGCUUUGGGGGUCCUGAGAGUCCCUGUGCUGCUGGGUGAGGCCCUGGUGAACCUCCUGAUCGGCCUGGGCUACAUCCCUGCCCUGGCCUUCUACUUCAUCAAGCUGCAGGAGACCUACGACAACCCCAUCUGUACGGAGAGGGAAGCGCUCUACAAGAGCAAAGGGCACCAGGGCUUUGCGUGUGCACUCAAUGGAGCAGACAUCGCUGGAGGCCUCUUCGGGUGCUUGGAGUCACUGAUUUCAUCUUCGGAUGGUCUUGGCCAUCCGUGCUUUCAGGGCAGUGCGUGAGAUGAAGAGACAGAGAGCAAUGGAAGAUGGUAACUUAUAACAGGUUUGCUCACC